UUCUUUUGUCUUUAAUCAAUUAAGAAACAAUGCAAUAAUCAAUAAUUAAAAUCAAAUAAUUAAAAUCAAAUGACACAAAGAUACACUAUUUUUAUAAUAUCUAAUAAUCUUUAAUCUUUAAUUGUAGUCUAACUUGACGACAAGAAAACUUGAAAAGUUAUAUCGAGAAUAAUCGAAGGCAGAUACGAAUUACGUAUACAAGAAAUACGUUUUAUCAAAUACCCCGGAUCGAUUAGUUACGAAUUGCUUCAAAUUGGACUAUAUGACUAAUCUUGACACGAUUGUUCCAUUAUCUCGGUCUCGAUAUCGCUAAUGAUACGUGAAAUGGAUUCCUUUGAAGUUCACGCGAUGACACACCUUCGACAGUGGAUAAUGAUCGAUAGUGGUUAUCAACGAAAUAUUUGGGCUCUGCAUAGAUAUCGACAACUUUUGACCUGGUUCCACCUUCAAUAAUUCAACCAGUUAGUUAUUGGUUCUCGUCGAUCGAUGUUGGAAAUGGAAAUUAAGAAAAUAUUACCCUUAUUUUCCAUCUUUUUCGCGGAUGUUCUCGCGUCUGAAAAUUUGAAAUACGUGAAUAUCACGGAUUAUCCUUAUCACGUAUCCAUCGAGAAAUAUGGGAUACACACGUGCAGCGGAGCAUUGGUGCACGAAUUGUGGGUAAUAACCGCGGCAUCCUGCGUUUUUCAGGCAGACCCGUCCAUGGUAACCGUGCGAGUGCGCUCGUCCACGCUUUCAACCGAUGGAGAUCAAUUGGAAGUGGACAAUAUCGUUGUGCAUCAGGAUUUUGAUAAAUACGUUCUGCUCAAUGAUAUCGCGCUAAUCAAGUUCAAGCUACCUGUACAAUUUGGGGCCAAAUUAUUACCGAUAUCCCUUCCGGAAAAGGAAGACAAGAAGCUUAAUGAUGGAACUAUGUGUUUCGUGACAGGCUGGAGAAACACUCUGGUCGGUCCAGUGGAAUCUCGACUCACAGUGACAGCAGUGCCCCUCGUGAACCAGAGUACCUGCAGCUCGGCGAUUCCCUGCUACGAGCCCGUGUUCCAGACGAUGCUCUGCGCCGGCAACAUGACCCAGGGGGUAGAGACGUGUCAGGGUGAUCCAGGUGCUCCGCUGAUGGAAGGGCAGACUCUGAUUGGCGUUCUAUCCUAUGGAUUAGGGUGUAAAACUAUGAUACAUCCGGGCGUAUACACUCGUGUCAGCAGUUACCUAGCGUGGAUCUCGGCAAAUUCCGGUAUCCACUAUAUAUAAGAUGAUAUUCGCGAAACUAGCAAUGUCAACAUUGCUUUAUCAGAAACACGUGGCAUGAUCAAAGCCCCUUAUAGUUUUAAAGGUAUGCCGGGUGAGGGGUGUGAGAUGAAAUUUUUCCAUCUCGUCAUUGUAAAUCUGUAAAAUUGAGAUUGACUACACUCUUUUUCCUUAACUGCAAUAUCAUCACCAUACAUUUGCAUUAUGGAGUCAGAAAAUAUCUGAGGAAAAUAGUGAUUAAAUAUAAUAUAUUUUUUUUAAUAAUAAUUUUAAUAUUAAAAAUGAAGAAAUAAAAAUUAUUCUAUUUGCAUUGUAUCAUCAGUGUGAGACAAGAAUUUAUUAAAUAUUUUUUAUUAUUCAAAUAAUGUGGAUAUAAUUGAAUUCCCAUUAUUAUCCCUCAAAAUUCCAAUGGUCAAACUUUUUCUGGCACUAUUGUAUUAGAUUUAAAAAUUCAUUCAUUCAUAUUUUUUGCUAUUUGCAAUGAAAAAGUGAAUUUUUUUUCAAUCAUUCUGAUAAAAUAAACAAGAAAAAAUGA